AUGGAGCACUUUGAUUUUGUCAUGGAGGAGAUUGGUUUUGGGCGGGUCCAUUUGUUUGCCACCCUGACGCUGGGUCUUCUGCAGAUGCUGACCAUGCAGGAGACCAUGGGCAUGGGCACCAUCGGACCAGCCUCUGUCUGUGAUCUGCACAUGAACCAGGCGCAGUUGGCCUCGCUGACGGCGGCCGGCUUCAUGGGCAUCAUUUGCUCCUCCUACUUCUGGGGCUACAUCACCGACAAAAAAGGUCGGCGUUGGACCUUGUUGCGAACCAUUCUUGUGAGCAAUUUGUGUUCCCUCGUUUCCAUGUUCUCGGUUAGCUCAACUGGCUUCUUUGUGUUGCGCUUCGUGACGUGUAUUUUUGUGGCCGGUCCUAGUUUCGUGGCAGCGACCUAUCUGAGUGAGUUCUGCUCGCAACGAAUCCUUGUGCGUACCGUCACCCACAUGUACAUGUUCUCUGGCUUCGCCAUGAUCUCCUGCCCUGCGUGGGCCACGCUCUUUCUGAACCAGAAUCUCAUGGAUUUUGAGGUGCCAUUGGUGGGCGAACUGACGCUGAGACCCUGGCGUGUACUGGGCCUGGUCUACAUCCUGCCGGGAAUGGUGGCCUUUUUCCUACUUCUCCACCUGCCGGAGAGUCCCAAGUUCCUGCUCAUGAUUGGCGAUACACAGAGGGGACUGGCGACCAUGGAAUGGAUAUCCCAGAAGAACACUGGACACGGUCUAAGCGACGAACAGUUGGAGCACUUGCGCGCCUACGAAGAUCAUGUCCGUGUGAAGCGGCGGAAGAGGAGAAGUAGCGUCCUGCGCUCGAUGCUCGACGAUGCGAUGCCCCUCUUCCGGAAACCCUUCAUCGGCUACUUCCUCUGCGUCUGCUUUGUUAUGUUCGUCCUAGGGAUGCUGGCAAAUGGCCUGGGCAUUUGGUUUACUGCCAUGAGGAAUCGCGCCAAUAUGCGACAGGGCAACACGCAGGGCAUGACCUUCUGCAGGCUACUAUUUGUUCCCGAAACGGGUCCUUUUAUGGAAACUGAGGCUGACUUCGAGGCGGUCUGCGACGACUCCUUUCUGGGCUUCAAGAACUCCUUUGUCCUGGGAGCUGUGUAUAUCGUGCUGUACAACCUUUGCUGGUUGUCUCUCUUCUGCGUGCACAAGAAAGUGAUGUUUGUCUUCUCCUUGGUGGCCGCCUCUACAUUUGGUUUCCUGCUAAUCGUUGUCAUCAAUCCCAUGAUGCAACUCUUUUCCUUGGUGUUCCUGAUCGCUUUUCCGGGCGUUACAAUUGGUCUGCUGGGUGGUGCCCUCCUGCGCUUUGUGCCCACCUACAUUCGCGCCAAGGCUCUGUGCAUCAGCCUGAUGUGGUGCCGCUGUGGUGCAGCGGUUGGAGCUAUCUUGGUCGGUUCCUACAUCCAGGACAAUUGCGAGAUUUUCCUGCUGGCCAUCGCCAUUCUACCCUUGAUUGCCGCUUGUAUGGAGGGAUACUUGCCAUUGUAA